AUGGCAAAACUCUCUGCGUUUCACACGUUACUACUGUUAGGGCUCGUUGCGUUGCCAGAGCUCCUGAGGGCAGUGCCAGUCAACCAGCACGAGGACCACCAAGCUCCUGCUGUGUCAGAGGACGUGAAGGAGGAGGUGAUGUCGAACCUGCGAAGGCUGAGUCGGGACAGGAGACACGCUCCGGCCAUGCUCGCCGUGCCUCAGUACAAACGGCUGCCCGACUUCUGGGGCUGGUACAAGUACUUCAUGGACUCGCACAACCAGGAGGGAGUGGAGGACUUGGACCGCCUGUACCUGGCCUACCUGCAGAACAAGCACCGCUCUGAGGAGGGCCCCACCUUCAAUCACUACCUGUCCCACUUGAGCGAGAUCUACAAGGGCUGCGCCAACUCAGAUGACCCAGAGUGCAUCGCAGAGUCCACCAGCAAGCCCAAGGCCGCCGUGAUCAUGCCCGCUCCCAUCAAAUCCGCCGGCGUUCGCCUCUGCAACCCAUACGUGGACCCUUACUGCCUGUACCCAAUGCUCCCACACGCUCUGGAACCCGAGCCAGAGCCUGAAUCCGCGCCCGUCAAAGCCCCAGCGCCCAUCCUCCACCCCUUCCUCCCGAUGCCGAUCAAAUCCUACGCGGGUUACCACUACUACACGCCCGUCCUGGAGCCAUUUCUGGGCAGCGAGCAGAGGGCAGAGCUUCUACGCAUUUGCCACCCAGAAGACGUGGAGUGCCUUCAGUACCACUUAAGAGCCGCGUACGGAUACAAGCCCGCGCUCGGCCCGGCUCCGUCUUACGCCGCUCUGAAGUGUGACCCCAAAGACCCCUAUUGCAUGCCUCUCAUGGUGCAGAAAGCUCCCACCGGCUUCUACCACCUCAUGUACCCCAAAUGCGACCCGAACGUGGACCCGCUGUGUGUGGUCAACGUGGCCGCCCCGCUCACGUCCGACGAGGCGCCGAAAGAGCAGCAUUGUAACCCGCUUUUUGACUCAGGCUGCAAUCCGCUCACCGCCACCAAGCUGGCCGAGCUGAGCAAGCCAGUGCUGGAGUAUCCCAUGAAGGACGCCCCCGCUCCCGCCCCGGUCUCUGCCGCCGCCGCUUACAAAGCCGCACCCCUGUCCUGUGAUCCCCGUGUGGACCCCUACUGCCUCUGGCGUGUGGGUGCAGCUCUGCGAAGACCCAGCCCACAGCUUCCCGAGCACCAGGUCCGCUACCAGCUGGGGGUCCCGGGCAAGACCAAGGAGGGCUACGACUGCUACGUCCACUACGACAAAGACUGCACCCCCCUGGACCACAAAGCCAAAGGAGAUCUGCAGGCGGCACCCAAACCGUUUUGUCACCCGUUCGACCCAAAGUGCGGUAAGUUUGUGGUCCCCGCAGGCACCAAGUCUAAAACCAUCAAAGACGGCAUGAUUUAUCCAGACCCCCACUGCGAUCCCGAAUACGACUACAACUGCCGCCUUCGGAGAGUGGACUCGGAACCUCAAGCCGACAGUCCCGCCUCCGAAACCGACCAGGGCGCUCCAUUGGCUGCAGCAGACGAGCCGAUGAAAGGAGACACCAGCUCAUCGCAUUUUGAAGAUUUUCUGAAAAGUGUAAUAAGCAAAAACCAAUAG